UUCAUCUUUUACCUUGUAACCACCUUAACAGCGACCAGCUGCAAUAUGCUUUUUCUCUUUAAACCUUGUGGAUUUCCACCUCAGAUAAAGAAGAAAUGGUUUAUUCCUAUUCGUUGUUUAACACAUUAUGUUCCUCCUCUUCAUUUACCUUGGAAUUGGAAAAAAGAGGGUUUCCCUCCUUUAUAUUCUUCUAAAGGCCUUGAAAUUGCUUAUUUUCAGAAGCAGAAGUAUCAUAUAGAUGAAUUAAAUAAAUAUAUUAAGGGCACUGUUUAUGAGGAUAUUGGAGAUGUUGAAAGUAUUGCACAUCAAUCGGCUAAUUGUGCAUCUCAUUCUUAUAUAUAUAAUCAUUCUUCACAAGCUUUUAAUAAUCAUUUUUUUUUUUUAGGCUUAAAAGGUAAGAUAAAAGGGCAUAAUGAGCCACCGAAGCACUUUUUAGAAUAUCUUAAUUCAAGUUUUGGGGAUUUUCAUUCAUUUAAAGAGCACUUUAUUUAUAUAGCACUUUCAAUAUUUGGAUCUGGUUGGGUAUGGUUAGUGGAAGAUUUAGUUCAACAACAACUUAAGAUUUUUCCGACAUUUAAUGCAGGACAACCAUAUCAUCAAAGACGAUCUAUUGCAAUGGGUCUUUCUGUUGGUCAACCUGUAUUAAAUGAUGCAGUAAAACAUGAUAUACAAGUAGAGACAUUGCUUGUGCCUCUUUUAGUUGUUAAUUGCUGGGAAUAUGCAUGGAUACAUGAUUACGGUGUUUUUGGAAAAGAAAAGUAUUUAAGAUGUUGGUUUGAUUGUAUUAAUUGGGAACUUGUGGUAAAACGACAUGCUGACAUAUGGAAAACAAAUGAAACGAAUGAUACGCUCUCGAAUAAUGCAUAAUAUUAUUUUUAAUUUCAAAUAAUAAUAAUGUAUGAAGCUAAUUGAU